GGGUCUCACAAAACAAAAACACACCCUCUAGUCUUCAAAAAAAAGAAAGAAAAAAAAACCUUAAAUCAUAUUUUUGAAAAAAAAAAAAAACCAUACUUGGUUUCUUGAUUCCUUCAAGAAUUCUUGUCAUCCAAUCCAAUGCAGUACUAUACAACAACAACAACAAUGGCUUCUUCAUCCCCACCAGAUUUCAGCAAGACGACCAAGCUAGAGAGGUACAACAGCUACAUUAGAAAAGUUAACAGCACAAAACUCAUAGCUGCAUCCUCAAAGCUUCUCUUCAGAGUAACCCUUCUUGUAGCUCUCCUUCUUAUUCUUUUCUUCACUUUAAACUACCCUCCACUCUCAGAAAACCCCCACCAUAUCCACCACACUACCCACAACCUCUUCUCCUCCGCCUUCUACGGCAGCGGAGCUGGCUGGGAGAAGAAAGUCCGUCACUCCGCCACCCCCCGCCGCCCCAACGGACUGUCCGUGCUGGUCACAGGGGCUGCCGGGUUCGUGGGGUUCCACUGCUCGCUGGCAUUGAAAAAAAGAGGUGAUGGGGUCUUAGGCCUUGACAACUUCAACUCCUACUACGACCCAUCCCUCAAACGUGCCAGACGAGAUUUGCUCACCAAGCAUCAAAUUUUCGUCGUCGAAGGCGACUUGAACGACGCAGAAUUGCUCGAGAAGCUGUUUGACAUUGUCCCUUUUACCCAUAUCCUGCAUUUAGCAGCUCAGGCCGGUGUACGUUAUGCAAUGCAGAACCCUUUGUCUUAUAUAAAUUCAAACAUUGCCGGGUUCGUGAAUUUGCUAGAGGUCGCAAAAAAUGCCGAUCCACAGCCGGCAAUUGUCUGGGCAUCGUCAAGUUCGGUUUAUGGGCUCAACAAAAACGUCCCAUUCUCCGAGGAGCAUAGGACUGACCAGCCGGCGAGCCUGUAUGCUGCCACCAAGAAAGCCGGUGAAGAAAUUGCACAUACUUAUAAUCAUAUUUACGGGCUGUCCUUAACCGGGCUGAGGUUUUUUACUGUUUACGGUCCUUGGGGUAGGCCAGACAUGGCAUACUUUUUUUUCACUAAGGACAUAUUGCAAGGCAAGGGGAUUAAUCUGUAUGUCACGCAAGAUGAUAAGGAGGUGGCGCGUGACUUCACCUACAUCGACGACAUAGUGAAGGGGUGCGUCGGGGCGCUCGACACGGCGGAGAAGAGCACCGGGAGCGGCGGGAAGAAGCGGGCGCCAGCGCAAUUGAGGGUGUACAAUUUGGGUAACACAUCGCCGGUGUCGGUGGGGAAAUUGGUUUCCAUAUUGGAAGGGUUGCUAAAUGUCAAGGCUAAAAGGCAUGUUAUUAAGAUGCCCCGAAACGGUGACGUUCCUUAUACACAUGCUAAUGUUAGCUUGGCUUACAAGGACUUUGGAUACAAGCCCACCACAGAUUUGUCUACAGGAUUGAGGAAGUUUGUCAAGUGGUAUUUGAGUUAUUAUGGGAUCCAAUCAAAGGUAAAGAAGGAAAUUGAUGCCACCAAUGAGCAUACAGAGUGAUGAUUCAUGAUUAGCAUAAUCUUCAAUCAUCACCAGGGCUGGUACUUUUCUCAUUUUUUUCAAUAGUUCUAUAACUCAUCCCACUUUUUCUUCUUCUUUUUUUUUUUUUUCCAUGUUGAUGUUGUAUUUGGAUUUUGAUGUUACUGCUCUUUAGUAUAGACAUUAGAUUUUAUGUACACAACAUCAUAAAACAGUCAAACAUAUGAGAAGGAAGCACAACUGUAGAUCUUGAAAUUGUACCUGCUGUAAUAAUUAAUACUAUAUGUUUUUGGGAUUAGGGAUUAAAGGUUGUCUCUGUACUGAAAAAAAAAAAAGGUGGUACAGAUCAACCUGUGUAUCAUCAUCAAGAAUUGUAAUUUGCUGGAACAACCAACAUAAUCAUGACAUGCAUCAAGAUUCUUCAUAAUUA